AUGACAUUGGCAGAAAUGGCCAAAUCGCGCAGUCAGUGGCGCUCGUACGUCAAAGCUAUCGCCUUCAAUACCAUAUACAGGGUUCUGAACUUGUUCACGAGUACAGGUGGUGCCUUAACGCAAAAACACUUCGAAAAAGAGUUUUCCGAUGUUUCCUUGACUACCAUUUUGCCGGUUCUGAAUGCACUACAAAAAGAAGGAUUACUAGACGUGCUGGUCAAUGCAGACAGGACACUGUCCUGGAAGUUGCGAGAUCAAUCGAAUAUAGAAUCAUCUGUGUGUGAGCUUCAGCUGCGCAGCACCAUAAAAAGUCUUACUGAUCUGGAAGAACGGCUGGUGUACAAUGCAAUUCGGAAAGCCGGCGAAGAUGCUGCCUCCGUUAAGUCUAUUAGCACGGACACUAAGCUUCAACAAACCCGUAUUCCGAGAAUCCUGAAAUCGCUGAUUGCCAAGAAGCUCAUAAAAGAACUUCCGAUGUCAACGGGACAAAAGCAAAAGGUUUACCUUUUGAUCGAUCUUCAACCAAGUGAAAAACUUGCAGCUAACACGCUGUUUGCCGGUGAGUCCGGAGUAGACGGAGAGUUUGUGGCGAUACUCCGCACAGCAUGUUUGAAGUAUCUGCAAGAUAAGACCAAUAUUUCAGCUAACAUUGCAGAUCCUCUUGAAAGACGAAACGCGUCUUACGUUUCUGUUGAGGAAAUUCAUCGAUUUAUCAGCAAUGCACGGAUUUGUAAUGUAACAAUGACCCUGCAAGAUGUACAAUGUGUUCUAGAUGCGCUGAAGUACGGUGGAGAACUUGAAAGUCGCAUAACUUCAGAAAUUGACCGGAACAUCUCAGCGUCCAGUGGGUGUCUUUCUCCUAUGCGCACCAUGUAUCGUCUUGCUCCUCAAACUGCUAGCACAGCUGGGCUGGCACAUCUCCCUUGUACAGUGUGCAUGUGCCGCAAGGACUGUCGACCAGGUGGUUCCAUCAGUCCGGAAAACUGCAAGCUUUUCAAUGCAUUUCUGGACUUUUGACUCGUUUCUUG